GUUGCCCGGGCAACCGUCUUGCCGCGUCUUCCUGAGGGAGCUCUUGUCAGCCGGCGGAUCCCAUCACCCGCUCCCCACUGCCCCGCGGUUUUCGCGUGGGCCUGGAGAGUAAGGGACAACAAAAAUGGCGGAGCGGAGCCAGACGGCGCCUGAGGCAGGCAACAAUACGGGAAAUGAUGAUAUUAUUGGAGGAAAUGUCAGCAAGUAUAUGGUGCUUCCAGCUGGUUACUGUGGACAGCCCAAGAAAGGACAUCUUAUUUUUGAUGCUUGCUUUGAAAGUGGUAACCUUGGCCGAGUGCACCAGGUCUCUGAGUUUGAGUACGAUCUGUACAUUAGGCCGGAUACCUGUAAUCCACGCUUCCGAGUUUGGUUCAACUUUACAGUUGAAAAUGUAAAAGAAUCACAGAGAGUUAUUUUCAACAUUGUUAACUUCAGUAAAACCAAGAGUCUUUACAGAGAUGGUAUGGCCCCUAUGGUGAAAUCUACUAGCAGACCAAAAUGGCAAAGGCUGCCACCUAAAAAUGUUUACUACUAUCGAUGCCCAGACCAUAGGAAGAAUUACGUGAUGUCCUUUGCAUUCUGUUUUGACCAAGAAGAAGAUAUUUACCAGUUUGCUUACUGCUACCCAUACACAUAUACGCGCUUCCAGCAUUAUCUUGACAGCCUGCAAAAGAGAAAUAUGGAUUAUUUCUUUCGGGAGCAGCUCGGCCAGAGUGUGCAACAGCGGCAGCUUGACCUUCUGACAAUAACCAGCCCUGAAAAUCUCCGGGAAGGGGCAGAGCAGAAGGUGAUAUUCAUCACGGGCCGAGUGCACCCAGGGGAAACACCCUCAUCAUUUGUGUGCCAAGGAAUCAUUGACUUCCUUGUAAGCCACCACCCCAUUGCCUGUAUCCUACGAGAACACCUGGUCUUCAAGAUUGCUCCAAUGCUCAACCCCGAUGGGGUCUACUUGGGCAAUUACAGGUGUUCUCUGAUGGGGUUCGACCUGAAUCGUCACUGGCUGGAUCCCUCUCCGUGGGCCCACCCUACUCUGCAUGGGGUGAAACAGCUCAUCGUCAAGAUGUACAAUGACCCAAAAACAAGCCUAGAGUUCUACAUUGACAUCCAUGCCCACUCCACCAUGAUGAAUGGCUUCAUGUAUGGCAACAUCUUUGAGGACGAGGAACGGUUCCAAAGGCAGGCCAUUUUCCCCAAGCUCCUGUGCCAGAAUGCUGAGGACUUCUCCUACUCUAGCACAUCCUUCAAUCGGGAUGCUGUGAAAGCAGGAACUGGUCGUCGCUUCCUUGGUGGACUUCUGGACCAUACUUCCUACUGUUACACCCUAGAAGUCUCCUUCUACAGCUACAUCAUUGGGGGCACCACAGCUGCAGUGCCCUACACUGAAGAAGCCUACAUGAAGCUGGGGCGGAAUGUGGCGAGAACAUUUCUAGAUUAUUACCGGCUGAACCCCCUGUUGGAGAAGGUGACAAUUCCCAUGCCAAAACUACGGAAAGAAAAACCCCCUCCCUACAAGCACCCACUUCUACGGGGCCCGGCCAACAACCACCCUAACGGCAAAGGGGACAAGAAGAGCUCAGUGAACCACAAAGACCCUUCAAACCCUUUUUAA